UUGAAGAGUGUCUUGAUCGGGUGCCUAACGUUAGUUGUGACAACUUUUCAGAAAAAAGGAUUAACAAAUUGUGGUGUAAUGUUAAUUUUGUAGAUAACUUGCAGCAUUUUUGGCUUCCGAACGCAUCAACUUCCCAGUGCGUUGCCCAUAGCUCGUACAGCUGUUUCUCUACGUCCACAGGCAAUGACUGUGCAUGUUGUCGAGUCGAUACUCAUUCGUGCAUUCGUGCGGUGAUGUUCUAGACGUAUUCCGUGGUUACGUGUCGUCAUCGCCCCUGCUUUUAGGGUCCCGUAUGUUUGUACAAGCUCCUCGUUCAACCAACAGUAGACCCGUUAACUAGACUCGCCCGUCCGCCCGGGGCAGUCCUGACGCUCUCGGCUUGGACACCGGUGCUCGCCUCCCGCCAGAGCUCGGGGACCCGUCGGUGGCCGCCGCGUCCGCCCUCGCCAUGGACAUGGACGACAGCGACCAGGAGGAGUUCGACUGGGAGAAGGACGCCGACAGCCAGGAUGAGGUGUCGGAGGGCGAGUCCCGGCUCGGCUUCCGGCCGCAGAAGCGUAUGCCCUCGCUGCGCCACCUGCCGUACAGCACCGCCCUGGAGCGCGAGGCGGCCGACAACCUGGCCAAGAUUAAGCUGAACAUGGCGGUGGCGCUCACCGGCGACGACACGCACGGCUUCCAGAUCUACACCAGCCGACUGGGCGUGUACCUGCAAGUUUACCACCUCUUCAUGUCCAAGGAGGACCACAUCCUGUUCAUCCAGAUGUACCUGAAGAUGAUCCAGCGGUCGCCGACCGACUAUAGAAAUGUGGACGCCUGCAGCAAGAUGGUGAUUCGACUGCUCAAGAAAGUGAAGCGGAACCUGAGCCGGGACGACCUGGAGAUCCAAUGGCGUCCCAUCUACGACCUGUACAAGAGCUUCACCAGGCACCCCUUCCGCACUAUGAGGCUCAACUUCUAUCUCGACACGACGCCUCGCUAUGUUAAGAACAUGGCGCGCCUUUGCCGGAGCUUCUUCCCGACGGAGGCGACGGCCGAGAUCCUGGCGGAGCUGCUGCCCGAGCUGUGCCCGUUCGACAGCGCCGCCACCUGGGUGCUCGAGUGUCUGGAGGUGUUUCUGCCGACUGACCUGCCGCCGGCGCUCUACGACCGCGGCUGGCGGCUGUGGCUGCCGCAGCUCUCCGGCAUGCUCUCGCUGUUGGAGAACGGCGGCGCCUGGGACCAGUCUCUCUGCCUGCUGAUGGCGCGUCUGGCGUUCGAGAACCCCGGCCAGGUGGACUGGUCGGACCUGCUGCCCGAGGUGUUCUCCCGGCUGCUGCGCGCCUUCGGGCUGCCCAUCUCCUACAAGGGCGUCGGCUCGCACCGCGCCAACGUUCACGUCAUACCGGCGCUCACCUCCUGGAUCAUCGGCAUGCUGGGCGGCGGCGGUGAAGCACAGGCCUACCUGGACCGCCUGCUGGAGGCGCUCGAGUCGUACUUCUACGCGUCCAACGCCGGAACCUGGCAGGAGCCACUGAGCCACUUCUUGAACAAUGUCUGCGCCGUCUUCGUCCGUCGCUACAACAGGGAACGCUUCAAGAAGGCCUCCUGGAGCCACUACACGGCCGAGGGCCAUGAGCUGACCGACGAUGACGUCACACGCUUCGUGCAAGGCGUGCUGCCGUGCGCGCUGCUCGGUAUCUACUCCUGGACGCACAGCCACCACGCCAACAAGUGCCUGCGGGCGCUGGCGCAGCUGCGGCCCGACCUGGUCAUCCCGCCCGUCAUCGACAGUUUCCACCAAUCGCUGGAGUCGAUCACGGAGCCGCACCGACUGACGUCGACCAUGAACGCUGUGAGCGCGGUGCUGCGCACCAUGACCGAGACGGGGCCGCGGCCAGAGGUGGUGCCCCUGCUGCAGAUGGUGCUGCCUGGCAUCGACCCCAACGACAAGCUCAAAACCAUGUGCACGUUCGUGCUGAUCGACCGGCUGGCCGACAUGAUCACGUUCGUCGACUGCUCCAGCGCGGCCGAUAACCCCGAGCUGACCGAGAUGGAGCAGCAGGUGUGCCUGCAGACAGCCGGCAUGGAGGACGUGGUACUGCAGCUGCUAUCGCGCUUCUUGGCACUGCUCGAGCCCAACAGCCAGGAGGGCAACUCGCGGCCCGACCAGCAGCGCCAGCGCGUCAGCCAGGAGGAGGGCGUGCUGCUCACCGUGCUGCGCACCUCCUGCUUCAGCAUCCUCAACAAGGCGUCGCCGGAGAUCCAGCGCUGCGCCGUGCUCAAGCUGCGCGACGUCAUUGUGGGCCGCAUUUUGGAGACGCGCGUCUCCGGCAAGCUGGCCGCUGUGCUCCUGUGCGGCGCCAUCAUGGCGAACCCGGAGAUGGGCCUGCGCACGCUGAUCCCGCCGGUGGUGGAGACCAUCCUGGAGCUAUCGGAGGACGUGCAGACCGAGGAGAAGCUGGAUCAGGAGCUGCUCUUCAACAUGCUCCUGCUGAAAGAGAUGGUGUGCUCGUGCGGCCAGUGGCUGCUGCCGUACCGGGAGCGGCUGGAGCAGGUGCUGGAGCGGGGCCGCCACCUGGCCUGCCCGGAGGGCGCCGAGCUGACGGCCGACCUGCUGCACAGCCUGCUGACCGGCCUGCUGGGCACCUACAUCACCGACCACGGCGACUGGCGCCGCCGGCUGGCCGACGCUCACAACCGGCACCUCAUCGUCCGGGAGUGGGGCAAGUGCACGGACAUGAAGUCGCUGGAGCUGCGCUGGCACGUGCCGUCCGAGGAGGAGGUGGGGUGGGCCGCCGCGCUCGUGCAGAAGUUCGUCGUGCCCGAGCUGGACGAGAUGGACCGUUUCAUGGAGGACACGAGUCGGCUAAACAAUGAGCAGCUGCUGUGCCGCCUCAGCCUGCUGCACCUCGGCCUCAAGGGUGCCUGCUACGGCCUGCCGCCCAUCGACGACGCUACCAUCAACCUCUGGAACUGCGCCGUCGACCUGAGCCCGCUGUCGAUCGAGACGGGCGCCGUGGUGCUGCCGCGCGCCGAGCGGCUGCGCGCGCGCGCCCUGGACGUCAUGCACCGGCUGGUGGCGCGGCUCACCGACGACCGGCCCGACGACACCAAGUCGCUGGGCAAAGUCUGCCAGAUUCUGGCAACGGCCAUGUUCCACUUCGGUGUGAGGCGGGACGAGAAUGACGCCGAGAUGAAGAUGAUGUUCAAGAGCCGCGCCUCGCAGGGCAAGGACUUCGGCCCCAAGAAGUACUCGAGUCGCAUGCUGGCCGCCUGGGUACAGCUUCAGCACAACCAGCGUGUCAUCUUCAGUCACGUCACGCCGCUGACGGACACGUUGAAGGUGGUGAUGGAGGACGUGCUGAAGCUCUCCACCAACCGAUACAGCUACGUGCGGCAGCUGGCGCAGAGCGUGCUCGUCAUGUGCAUGCAGAACUCGAGUCAGGCCUACAUGGCCCUGUGGCCGCGCCUGGUGGAGAUGCUGCAGACGCCCGACCUGUCGCACGAGCAGCUCAAGGGCCUGCUGCACGUGGUGCUGGGGCCGGGCAGCCACUCACUGCUGCGCGUGCACAACUGGCCGAUGGCGGCGCAGCUGUGGCCGGCGCUGCUGACGUGCGUCGGCUCCGAGAAGGACUCGAUCGUCGUGCUGAUGGAGCGGCUGCGCAAGGAUACUGACCUGUACGAGGCGGUGCCGCUCCAGCUGACGAUGUCUGCCGAGUGUCUGCCGCUGGUGCCGCGGCUCUGGUCCAGCGCGCCGGUGGCGCCCGGCUCCCGGCCGCCGCCGCCGGCCGUCAGCCCGGCCGCCGCCGACCGGCUGCGCGAGGAGAGCGCGCUGAACCGGCGCUGCUACGACGCACUGCUGGACCGACUGCUCUCGCUGAUGGAGUCCGGCACGCUACACUGGCGACGGAACGAGCUUUGUCUGGAGUUUGUCAGCCUUCUGGUGCGGCCCGACGUGCCUGUGCCGGCCCGUGUGGUCCGCUUCUGCCUGCAGAACCUCCUGCACACUUCCAUCUUCGUCAGAAAGAGCUCGAUGCUGGGCCUGGCUGCCAUCCUGAAGCAGCAGAAGCGGCGGCACGAGACGGUACCGGUGACGCCGAGCACCGUGGCGCAGCGGCCGGCGCGGCCCUGGCCGCCGCUGCCGGCCGGCGACGCCGCCUGGCGCGGCUGGCGCCAGUUCGGCGAGCGCACCGACAACCUCUGGAUGCAAUACGACAGCGCCACGGUGCCGCGCGACGCCAAGCAGUGGGCCGUGGCCCGCUAUGUGCACAAGAUGAAGUGGGGCUACUCGUGGUGGCCGCGCGAGCUGCGCCUGUACCGGCAGCAACCGCAGCUGCAGGAGAAGCCGGCCGACGAGGGCGAGGCGGUGCGCGCCGUUCGGGAGUUCUUCAGUAACGCCGAGUCGGUAGCCAAGCUGGUGGGCUUCCUCAGCCUGGAGGAGCACAAAGGCAGGGACGUGUUCGCCGAGACUACCUUCAUCGUAUUUAAGGGUCUGUUCCGUAACCACGGCGAGGAGCUGCUGGAGGUGUUCAAGCCACACCUGGACCGGCUGAGCAAGGAGGUGACCGAGAGCUCACAGAAGUGUCUCUGCGAGAUUGUGGCAGGCGUGAUCCGCGGCAGCAAGCACUGGUCCUUCGAGUCCGUGCAGCGUAUGUGGCAGUACCUGCUGCCGCUGCUGCGGUCCUGCAUCGCUAAGAUCAACCAGGAGACGGCCGAGAACUGGGCGGCCUGCAUCAACCACAGCGUGGCCGACCGGGACCCCAACCGGCACCACUGGCUCAUCGAGGAGAUGAUGCAGCCCGUGUUCGGACGUGACGAGUCGCUCUUCCUGCUCGGCAUCCGGCUCUUCCUGCUGACGAGCGUGAUCGGCGAGGUGGAGUGGCGCGGCGCCGAGCUGCUGCACCGGGUGCGCGACAUGGUGAUGCCGCACCUGGACCACCCGUACCAGAACAUCCGACACCGGCUCGGAGGCGUGCUGAGCAAGGUGUUCCAGCUGGACGUGUACGGCGGGCCGGCCUCGCUCAGCCCGCACUCCGACGCGCUGAUCGAGGCGGCGCUGCCCCAGCUCGACCUUCUGCUGGCCGCCGACGGACGCGCCAACGGCGGCGCGGCGGAGACGGGAGCGGCGCCGCUGAGCAGCGAGCGCCAGACGGCGCACCGGCUCCUCCAGACCGUGUGUCAGUACAUGCUGUGCGGCGCGAGCACGCGCCUGCUGCGCUUCGUCAGUCCGAAGCACCUGCAGCUGCUGCCCUACCUGUGCGCCAUGGAGUCGUACGACAUCGACCGCGACCUGCAGGCCGACUGCGUCCGGACACUGCACGCGCUGGCAGUGCUGCGGCACGACGGCGCGGCCAUGGCGGCGCUGCUGGCGGCCGUCGGUCGCGUCAUGGGCCAUGCCUACUGGCGCGUGCGCGUGGCCGGCCUGGCGUUCCUGCAGGCGGCCGCCUUCCACAACAUGUUCCUGCUGCUCCGCAACGGGCCGGCGGCGCUCACGGUGACGGAGCUGGUGGUACGCGGUCUCCACGACCAGCGCGUGGAGGUGCGCGAGAUGGCUGUCCAGGUGUUCUCGGGCCUGCUGCACUGCGGCUUCAUCGACAAGGCCCGCCAGCAGCAGCUGCGGGCCGACUUUGAGCAGAUGUCGGGCACGAGACUGCGCCAGCGCGGUGCCACCCCUGCCGACCACGUGGCCCAGCUGCGGCAGCGGCACACCGGCGUGCUCGGCCUGUGCGCCUUCGUCAACGCGGCGCCGUACGACGUGCCAGAGCACCUGCCGCAGACGCUGAUGAUCCUCGGCGACCACGUCAACGACCCGCCCCCCAUACAGACCACGAUCCGCAAGACCAUGAUGAACUUCAAGCGGACGCACCACGAGAACUGGCGCCAGCACCGGCAGAAGUUCACCGAUGAUCAGCUGACGGUGCUCACCGACCUGCUGGUGUCACCAUCCUACUACGCGUGAGGCGGCAGCCUGCCACGCGCGGCUGCCAGCUAGCCGAGCAUCUGACACUGCCCGGCCGUGGCACGGCGGCCCGGCCCUCUAACCCUCAGCGGACGGCGGACAGCGUUUGUCAGCUGUCCGCUGCCCGUCACAACACCCACGCCUGUCUGCACCGAGAGUUCCUGCUGACCUGUCUACGAGCGGCCGGGCUGCCGGUCAGCCCGCGGCCCCGCACCGCCCGACCCGACACAGCCCCGGUUCUCAGUUCACGUCCUUAGCCGACGCCGCCGACAACUGGCCCGAGCGGGCCGUCUGCCGCCGUGCGCGGACCCCCGCAGCGUCCCCGAGUCUUCAGAGGUGGCGGGCCUCGGCUGAGCGCCGCCGGUGGCGCCCACUACCUCGCCCUCCCAUUCCCCCGGCGCGCGGUGGGGCUCCGCUGGCCGAGCCCCGUUUUAGCUGAUGACGCCACGCGCGCUGCCCGUGGGGGCGGCGCGCGGCGGCUUACCGGCGGCUCGCCCCAAUGGCGCGCCGCCGCACGUUAUAUUAUCAUGUAGUUUUGCAAAUUGUUUGAUAUCUUUAUCUAUGAGAGUUGGUGACACGAAUAUAAAGACGUCAGAG